GUAUGUUUAUCCAUCUUGCAGCUUGGCGGUUGGUGACGAGCCAAAAUCACAAGAUAUCACGGGUUUCGUCUCUGUCUCGAUCUCGGGAUGUCCCUUUUUCGUCCCCUCAACACUGCAACUUCAGAUGAACCUCUCUUUCCCGGCAUGAUGCCUGUCCCUCCAACGUCUUCCCACAGACACGACGCCACUCCAUCCCUCCACCAUGGGAUCCUUCAAUGAUAACAAGGCAAGAAGGCGUUAUUGGCGCACAUGCAUUCUCUUGAUCCUCUUGUUUGCUUCCCUCGCCAUACCUUCAACUCUCGUAUUGGAAGUCUUGGGAUGUUUGUCUCGCAAGGAAGCCACCACGGCACGGGCCCCCAACUGGACAAAACCACAACCGGGGAUAUCGCAAGGAAUGUACGGAACAGUGGAGAGAAAGCUUCCAAACACCUGAUCGUGGGGUCAACCUCAGGGCUCUGGAAUGGAAUCAUAAAGGCCCUGGAGGACGGCAUUGUGAGAAAUGGAUUCCUUCUCCAAAAGUCAACGGCCAGGAACAAGCUCCCGAGAGGCCGAGACUCUCUCCAACUCCACUGUCGAGCCCCGAAAAAGGUAUUGCCAAUCUUGCAACGGGCCACCAGCUGCCCCGAACCCCAUCAGGAGAUAAUAGAAAACGGCAGAUCUCGCCCACUUCUAGACAGACGAAAGAAGUGUCCAGACUCGUCAACCGCGUUCCUCAAUUACGGCGAAAUAUCGACAAGGUUGUCAUCGUCAGACGUUAGCGAAGUCGUUGAUCGCUAUCGGCAUCCCCGGCCUGGCCCCCCGGACGAUAAUACACCCAACUGCACAUCCGACGACGACGACGACGACGACGACGACACCGAGGCAUAGUGCAUCAAUCAAAUGAAGACGACAAGAUACAACCUUGCCUUUCCCCAUUGCCUCCCCCUAAUAUCCGCGCUCACUGUCAGGUGUCAGCGUACACUCAAUCACGACAAUGUAGUAGUCGCACAAACUAACGACCAGUUACGACCUGAUCUAGCGAACAUGACAGCA